AUGGCUCUUUGUGUCAAAAGUUUCUUUCUUAUCUACUUAUCGAUUCUUCCUAACGUUUUGACCGAAAAUACAACGAAAUCACCCGAAGAAAAUAAUUCUAAAUCAUUCGAAGAAUCAACAGAAGAUAAUCUACCUCACGAGGAAGAUUUUACGACAGAAGCAACGUUAUUUAUCGCUACGGAAACUCAUGAAAAUUUGCUCUCGACCAUUGUUCUAGAAAGCGAUACUGAAAAUAUUACGGACGAGUUUAAACCGAGCGUUCAUCUCGGAGAGAUCGAGGAACCAAGAACGAAGAAUAAUCCCUUCAACAACGUGCACCACGUCAAUUUCGAAAACAGUCUCGACGUGGGAUCCCAUCAGGAUGACCUUCGAAACGUUAAGCAAAGGAUUCUUUACGACGUUAAGGAACAUCAAGACGGUCGUAUCCUGUUCGAUGACGAUAAAAGAAAUUUUCAUAUCAGAAAGUAUCAACAAGUUUUACCAAAUCACGAGACGAUCCAGCCGUUACACGUUACCGUCACGCAAAGUUCAAGGUCGCACUUGGAUAAUUUCGGCGAACAGAAAGUUAUAAGCGAUCAUACGUUCCUACAGAAUCUCGAGAAACCGGUAUACGUCGAGGAGCACACAUCGAUGAUAUUUGAAAAACCUAUGAGAUUUCCAAACGAUCUUCAAGAACAUCUACCUCUUGGUAAUGGGAACUUCGAUGACAAGAAUACGUUUUAUUUCGUGCCCGAUUAUCGUCUAGUGCCGAAUCAAAAUAAUUAUUACAGCGUCGAACAACAAGAAGGAAAUUACGGUAACGUUCAGAAAGCAAACAAUAUGAUGGUUUAUCUCGCACAGCAACACGAAUACACUACACUUCGCAAACAACCACAUUAUUACUAUUAUUAUUAUCAACCUGUAGGCUAUCAGGAAAUGGACUUUUUAGGUGAGCCAAAACCCACUAUGCUCUAUCCCAAAGAGCACAGAAUUUCACCAUGGAGAAAGAUUAUUCAUUUGAUCGGAUCUUUCUUACCAUGGGGAUUGUUACUGGCAGCUCUUGCUCCUAACGUGAUCAAAAUUCAAAAUACGACGGAUCCAAACAUCGUUCUCUCAAAAUUGAGAGUCGUUGACCUGCCGAUCGAGCAUAAGCAAGCGAGGCUGCUCGAUGAACAGCGAGCGAAUGUUUGCGAGGAAAGAUCGAUAUGCGAAUUGAUAUUGGCAGGUGGUAAACCACGAACGAAUAUAGUGCAAAACGUUCUUUGGAAUUUGGCUAUUAGAUCUAACGAAGACACGGCAAGAAAAAUUGGCCUCCAGGAAAUAUUUGAAGCAGUGAAAAAGAAGAGUUGCGCGACGAUCGGUUGUUAAAUCUCGAACGAAAGAAGGAAGCGAGUAUUGUGGCUGACACAAGCUAUUGUUUCCUCGACCCCCUCUCUCCCUCUUAAUCGCUGAACUCAGAAUAGCCAUUGUCUUUUCAAAAGCUCGCGCAAGAUAAUUAGUUUUGUUUUCAUUCUGACUGCGAAAGUGUGUCCUUCGAAGAGUAAGGAAAGGAAGAAAGGUGAAGAAAAUAAAUAUAAAGAGGGACGAGAAGAAGAUCGUUUGAAGAAGCAUCGGUAUUAUUAUCAUCGGUAUCUCGUUCGAGAAUUCGUCUCGUGUAUGCACUCGUCUCGUCCUCGCAAGUGAAAGUAGUCGCUGAGUAUAUAAGUGGGUCAACGCUAGUCCAUUCUGGACCAUCGUUCUCGCUCGUGAAACUCAGUCAUUUUUUCCCUUAUACAUAUAUAUUUAUAUUCGUAAAAAUACAUUGCUCGAUUUCCAGUAAUACGUAAUUACAUUAAUUUGUCAUUGCACAGAUGUACGUAUUUAUCUUUUCUAAAAAACUGAAAAUCAAAUAGUCCAUUUUUGAUAAAGUCACGAAAGAUAAUAAUAAACGUAUAUUCGUUUUACGACGAACCAGCAAUUUUUGUUAUGAUUUAUGUUCGACACCUGCCAGGAGAAUAUAGAAAAUCGUGGAUUAGACGUGGAUUAAAUGAACGAUGAAACUUUCGAAAAAAAAAGAAAAGAAGAGGAAGAAGAAAUAUCAUUCGAGAAUCACGAAGGAAGAGAAGAAUACCGGAUGGGAAUCGUAUUUUGGGUCGCAAAGUUGAUUUUCACUUCGAGGAAUGCGUAAGAAAGGCCGC